UUCGCAUCUUACGCUGACAGAAAUCCCUUAAACCACCAUGACUGAAUUCUCGGGUCGUCAGGAUUGUAUUGAAAGCUUGCGAAACGAUUUGGUGGAUUUACAAGGAGUCAUUUUAGACGUGUUUUCGCGAACAGGUCCUGUGCGCUUUUCCUCCUGGAAGUUCCCCGAUAAACAGUCCUGUAAUCUGGACAUGGUUGCUCUGUUGGCCAAGUACGACUUCACAGAAGGAGAGAACAUAUUCAAUCAACACUCCCACAUUGUUUUACUGGAGCUUGUGAUUGACAGACUCCUACUUCUUCUACAAAGUUUCAAUGUUUUUGUGGAUCAACUGCCAAACUCAUUCAUGAGAAAUCAAAAUCAAGAGGAGAAAGGAUUUGUGUCGCUUGGCCUUGUGGUCAGAAACUACUGGAGUAAUCUGGUAACAUAUAAAGCUUCUUACAAAAAACAAACACUUUGUGAUGAUGUAUUGUCAUCUCUUAAACAAAGUCAGAAUUCAAGAAGUGAUCACUGUUCAUCUGCAAAACCCUCUACCAGCUCUCUGACAUCCUUGCCACAUAAUCAUGGUGUAUGCAGCUCUAGCCAAAGCACUAAAUGCACUGCAAAAGUGGACACUCAAAAUGUCGGCUCUCAGACAUUUGAAUCAUGUCUUGUGCCUUGUGAUGCCUGUUAUCAAACUCAGUCUGUUUUGAGAAAGACUGGAGGAGCACUUAUAGAGCUGCUUCAAAGCGAGGGAUUGCCUUCGUCACUGCAGCCACUGUCAGUCGCUGUGCAGGACACUGUGGACCUAGGUCGAAUGACUACCACUGAUGUUGCCCAAUGGGGAGCUGAGGAGUACAGGGACAUGCGGCGCCUAACCAAACACUUACAAGAUGUGCGUGGGACAGUGGAGCCACUAAAAGCCAAAAUAGUGACUGUUGAAAAGGAGAAGGAGAGAUUAAACUCUGAUUUGAAAAGACUACAAAAGGAACUAAAGGAAAAGGUUGAGAACUACCAGGCCGCCAAUGUUCAACUUGAAUUUUCAUUGCAAAAAACACAGAGAUCUCUAAAAGAAACACAGCAGAGCCGACAAGAAGAGCAACAAAAAAGCCAAAGAGAAAUCUUGUCCUUGGAAGAAAGAAACACAAGUUUGAUGGAGAAAAUUGACUUGCAGCAGAAUAGAGUAAAAACCCUGGAAACGGAAAAUAAUUUACUCCAAGAGAAGGUCAGACAGUUGCAGGAAGAAAAAGAAAGCUGCAGCCAUCAACGGCAAAAUGAGAUUCAGAAGUUACAGGGUGAUAUCUCUGAACUCCAGCUCUGUUUGGAUAAAGAAAAAGCCAAAUACAACAGUGCAUGUCGCCAACAAGAGUUGAUGCACAGCAAACAGAAAUUUCUUGUGGAGCGUGUGGAUGCGUUGGAUGAAGAGAAUGAGCAGUUGCAGAGGCAGCUGGCAGAAAGUGAGGAGAAACAGAGUGAGCUUCAUGGUCAAAUACGACAAAUGUCAGAGAAGAGGGAGCAGCUACAAGCCACACUCGACCAACAACAGGACUCUUGUGUAAAACUUCAAAAGGACAAAGAGACACUCAGCACAAAGAUAAGUAAUUUGGCAAAUACGGUGGCUGAACUAAAACAACAUAUAAAGGCCUGUGCAGAGAGGGAGCGACUUUUGGUGGCUUUUCCAGAUCUGAACCCACAAACACAACCACAAAGUACAGGCAAUGUGACUUUGGAUAUGGAGGAACAGUUCAAGGCCAACUGCUGCCGUAUUCAAGUUUUGGAGCAGGAGAAUAGCACUCUGCAUCGUAGCCUUUUGAAGCUAAAGGAGAAAGCUGAACUCAAUAAGGAGGAGCCUCAAAAAGUAUGGAAUGACAGGCUAAGAAAUGAAGAAAACACAAUCAAUGAUGCACAAGGGAGUCUACAGUAA